AUGGAGUCUCCUGCAAACGAUGGUCCUGACCUUGAUGAUUGUAGAGCCUUAACUCCACGUUCCUACAGCAGCACCGCGUCCGCCUGCUCCACCAACCGCCGCCGCCGCCGCUCAUCUACCUCCUCUGCCUCGUCUGCCACUCGAGCUCGAUCUUCGUUUACCGUCGUCUGCCUCCUUCUCGGCAGCCUCGCCUUCUUCCUCGCCCUUUGUCCUUCUUCGGUCCAAGCGUACGACGUCCCCGACGCCGUUCAUCGAUCUCAGCCCAGUGGCGACGCACAAGGCUCUCAUCCCGCCUUCUCUGACAUAGCCCAUCAUGAUCGUGUCAUAGCAUCUGCGUACCAGGGCAGCGUCUCGGACGCUCAGCCCUCCGCUGCUGACCUUCCCUUCCCCGCUUUUGCAUCCCAUCGCAACAUUUUGCAAUGGAUCCAGAGCCAGACGCACCCUAGCAAGCUGGCCGGCGAUUCCCCCGAGUCUCAGGCAUUCUUCGACGAGCUCUACGAACGUCUUUCUGUUCAGAAACGCUCUGUGGGGGAUCUCACCGCUACUGCUGCGCCCAGAGCCUCGCGUUUCCGCUUCUGGAAGCGUGCCGAGGCUAGUAAUGACGAGGGAAAGUGCCACGAGACCAAGCUCUCCGACGCGCAGAAGGCGGUCUAUGGUAUCCUCAUCCCCAUCCUCGUCGUACUGUCGGGUCUUUUCGCUGGUCUCACUCUCGGCUACAUGUCGCUUGAUGAGACACAGCUGCAGGUGCUCGCGCUGCAAGGAACUCCUAAGCAGAAGCGAUACGCAGAAAAAAUCAUGCCUAUCCGCAAGGACGGUCAUCUUUUGCUCACAACGCUGCUCAUCGCCAACAUGAUCACCAACGAGACGCUCCCCAUCAUCGCCGACCCUCUGCUCGGUGGUGGUGUCCAGGCCGUCAUCGUCAGUAUCGUGCUCGUCGUCAUCUUUGCCGAGCUCAUCCCUCAGUCCGUCUGCUCCCGCUACGGCCUCGCCAUCGGUGCCAAGCUUGCCCCUCUGACGCGGGUGGUCAUCAUCAUUCUCUGGCCGAUCGCGUAUCCGGUCUCGCGCGUGCUUCACUGGACGCUCGGUCCUCACCACGGCAUUGUGUACCGUCGCUCCGAGCUCAAGGAGCUUGUCAACAUGCACGCUGCUACUGCCGGUCGUGGCGAUCUAAAUAAUGAUACUGUCACCAUCGUCGGCGGUGCACUCGACCUUCAGGAGAAGGUGGUCAAGCAGGCCAUGACCCCCAUCGACGGCGUCUUCAUGAUCUCGAUCGACUCCAAGCUCGGCUACGAGACGCUUCAGCAGAUCGUCAGCUCCGGCCACUCGCGUAUUCCGAUCUAUCAGGAGAUUGAAAUCCCCGUCAAUCGCGCGCGCGGAGGCAGUGGCACCGUGACGCCCAACCGCGUCGGUCUCUUCAGCGCUCUGAGCCGCAAGGCCAGCGCCACGCAAAACAAGGGCACGUCGGACGACCAGCGCACUCUCGAUGGCAGUGUCACCAUCGAGAAAGACUUCGCAUCCAUCAACGCCGAGUCUCAGGAAUCCGCCGUGACAGCUGCGGCCGCAGCCACCAACGAGAAGGCAGGCACCACCUCCAACACGACCAUGAUCAAGCGUAAAAAGAUCAUCGGAGCGCUGCUGGUCAAGCAGUGCGUGCUUCUCGACCCCGAGGAUGAGACGCCCGUUCGCGACAUGGUCAUUAAUGCCCUUCCCACCGUUCCUGCUGACGAGCCGCUGCUCAAUUUGCUCAACGUCUUCCAGGAGGGUCGCUCGCAUCUCGCCAUCGUCUCUUCGCGCACUCGUCGCUCCUCGCCUGGCUCGUUUGUUGAUCUCGGCAACGACAGCGAUCCCCGCAAGACUCAGGCGGUGCAGCGUUCCAACACCGCCGCGCGCGUGCAGGGUUUGGGCAACAUUGACGAGGAGAAGCAGCUCGACGACUCGGCCAUCAAGAAAUCGAGCUUCUGGUCGCGUCACCUGCGCCGUCACCAUCGUGCAGAGACCAAGGCCAACUCGCUCGACCUGCCACCCGAGGCUCUCGGCGACGACAUCGAUGCAGGCGCCGUAGCCACGCAGAUGGCGCAGCGAGACGUGCCCAUCGGUAUCAUCACGCUCGAGGACGUGCUCGAGGAGCUCAUCGGUGAAGAGAUCCUCGACGAGUACGAUUCGGAGGUGGAGCAGAACUUUGCUCAGAUCAGUCCUCCGCCCAGUCCUGGCCACAAGGAGCUGGUGGACAUGAAGGUGGAGACGCCCGACGACGUAGACGAGGUACAGUUGCCCGGUUCUGCGCUCAAGCUGCCCGCCAGUCCCAAGAUGGCCCUGCCUCGCUUCAAGCUGGGUCGAAAUGCAAGUCAGAAGGGAAUCGAUUUGGUUGCCGCCGCCGACAACGGCUCAGCGCCCCCUACGCCCGUCAUGGAAAGCAGCGCCGAGGUCGCUUUGGCCAAAGAAGCUGAUCCGAGGCGCGAGCGCGAGGGCGUCCACUUCCCCUUCGAUGUCACCGAGCAGGAAGGACGCAUCCCGUCGCGACCGUCGUCGCGUCCUGGCUCCCGCCCCGUCUCACCCGGCCCAGGCUCCGCACUGGCUAGCACCGACGAACAGCCAGCGCUGAUCGCUCCACGUCCCAACAAGCCGGUCCUGAUCCGUCAUCAGGCGCCCGAUGGCACCAUUGCUACUGCCAUUGUCGGCGAAUCGCUCCUGCGCGGCCGCACCACCGCCUUGGCUACGGAACGCACCGGAAGUGGAGACCUCAGCCGCAGCAACACUCCGUCGGGUACACGUGUGAGCCGGUUCAAGAGCACGCCGCUCCCUGGAAGCGUCCCUAGCACACCCGCGCCCGGUGCUGCUCCUCGAGGUCGCGCAUUUGGCAAGCCCGAGGUCGGCUCUGCGCUUGCCGAGGAGGACAAGGCUACAACCCUUGCUGUCGCUAGCCCGGAGGAGUUUGACGCAGAUGACGAGAACAAGCAGCUUGGUGGUGGCGAUAGCAAUUCCGACGAAACAAGCACUCUCUGA